AGAGCACAAAUUGACAUCUUAAUGCCAUUAUUGUAGCACAUUUAUAAGAUCUUGCCUUCUCCCUCUUUAGAAGUGUUUACACGAAAAAAGAAGCAAAUUCAGGAAAGCGUACAAGCCCCAGAAUUGGCUUUUUAAUUUGAAAUAGACUUCCCCCUAAAACUAAACACUGGAAAACAAUCAUUUAUUUAUUUAUUUAUUUUUGCAAAACUUGCAAAAAGGAUGCAGUAGCUGCUACAAGGCCAAACUGCAGAUAUAAAAAUAUUUACCUUAUAAUUUGAAGCCAAUAAAACAUAUUUUGUUCCAUAUGACUUUUUUUGAUUGAGCCGUCUUCAUUAAUGCAAUGACAUAGACUUUUCUACUUUUCACUGUUAAAUAACCACCACUAAGUUUAAAAUUCCUGUUGUUGGUAUGAAAUUAUGUAGUUCAUAAGUGUUGUAAUUUAAACAAAAAUCAUUAUUCCUCACAAAAUGUGUUGGAUAAGGUAUACAUAAGGUCAUUCUGCAGGCUCGUUUGAAAUAUAAGCCACUGUAUUAGCCUGUAUCCUGCAAAUAUGCACUGAUAUACCUUCACACUUAAAACCAACACAUGGAUGUGUUCUGUAAUAAACUGUUCUGACCAGAGAAAUCUUUAUGUCAUUGGUGAGUACAUAAGUGUUGUAGUUUGCAGAAGAGAUACAACAUCUUUGCGAUGAAUAAAUACAUACAUGGCCCCUACCAUCCAAGCACAACCCACAAAAUAUUCUGAACUUGCUGAAAUAGCCAUCAGUUUUUAGGUUGAUUGUUUUGACACAAAUGUCAGGCAUGUAAUUAAGAUCAGCAUACUUAGUUAAAUUACGUUUUCACACUGAAAUGAACUAUCCUAUAUACCCUUCCUCUCCAAAGAAAUCCUAGCAAUCUCGGGUAGGCAUAUACUGUUAUUCUCGGUCAAACAAUCAGCUUCUUCUAAUUGUAAAAUAGUUACCCAAGCAGUUCAUUAAAACAGCAUUUUCUAAUUAUUUUUUCUUUUCAUUCUGACAUUAUUAUCCUGUAAUUAAAAAAAACAGAAGACUAGUAUUUUCUAAGUGAACGCCAUAAGCUAUAUUAUGCCCUGGACAAUUCUUUAAUAUAGUGGCCUUAAUAAAUCGAAUGCCUUCUGUAGAGAAUUGUAACCUCACAAGAUAAUGGUGAUUCAGAAACAUUAUCCUUAUGUAAGUUGGGCUUUUCUGUAUGAAUGUAGGUUAUGCCUGCAUUUCCCCCCCAUACAAGUAUCCUGGAUUAUAAAUACGUGUUUUACGUUUGCAAAAAAAAACAAACAGGCUGGAAAUUCAUUCACUUUUCACUGACAGGAAUACUCGUCAUUUACCAUACAUUCACCAUGAGCCUCGAUACACCUCUCCAAGAUGGCGGCUUCGUCGACACACUUAGAAGCCCGGAAGUUGACAGAUACUAUUUCCCCAGUAUGUCAGCGCUCGUGUGGGGUUUGUUUUGGCUUCAUUUUUGUUUAAUAUUUAGAAGUUAAGGCCUGCUAUUUUAUAUUAUUUAAUAGUCUGUGUAUCAAACGACGUGAUUUCUGUCGUAUUCGUACGUAGUGGUUAAUUUUUCCGAGGGAAAUUAUAUGUUUCAUAAGGUGUGUUUACACUGUUUGAUAAAGCUGACUGCUAGCCAACAGCUAACCUAUCUAACUCCGAAGGAGUCAGUGAAAACACCCUCAAAAUGAAAAUUACUGCAAGUUUGAGUGAGUUUCCGAGGGCUUUAUUCGUUGUGUCGGUUUAAAGGGUAAAAACUACGUAUGGUUAUGCUGCUCUCUAAUUUUACUGUACCUGUUCUCCUCGCCUUUUCUGUGUUAGCAUGUUUGUACAUCAGCCAGAUCCAGACCCAUAACACCAGACUGGUAAGAUCAGUUUAUGCCACUCAGAAUAAAACCACUGCACAUGAUAGACAUGUUAAUACUCAUCCAGCAAGAUCACAAAACAGUUCAGCUGGGAAGAGGGGGUUCAAAUUAAAACUCACUGAUGAGACUGAAAUAUCCAGAGAUGAUAAAUGCAUCAUGGCCCCAGAGAGUCGCUUUGACUGUGCCAGAGACAGGCUUCUCAGCCAGAGAGAAUGUGAGGACAGGGGAUGCUGCUACGCCCCCCUGCCCAGCCCUUCAGGACCACCUUGGUGCUUUUAUCCCAGUUCAUACCCUGGUUAUAAAAUGGGUCCCUUCACCCCCACCAUCAGGGGCCAGGCUGCCACCCUGACUCGUGCCACCCCAUCCUACCUCCCCAGAGAUCUUCCCACCCUUCGCUUAGAGGUCAUACAAGAGGCAGCGGGCUGCUUACACCUCACUUUAAAAGACCCCUCAUCUCAGCGUUAUGAAGUUAAACUUCCAGGUGAUGCUCCUCAGAGUAAAUCUGAUACCCAAGAUGCCCUCUACACCACUGAAUAUCAGCCUGAUCCAUUUGGCUUCAUAGUGCGGCGAAAAUCCAAUGGCAGAGUGAUUAUGAACACCACCGUGGCCCCUCUGCUGUUUGCUGACCAGUACCUGCAGCUGUCCACCACACUGGCCUCCUCCCUUGUGUCUGGCCUGGGAGAGCACUACACCACCCUAAUCCUGGACCUUAACUGGACCUCUCUGACUCUCUGGAACAGAGACAUGGCGCCUCAUGCUGGUGCAAACCUCUAUGGCUCACACCCGUUCUACAUCGUACAGGAGGAGGACGGCUUGGCACAUGGAGUUUUCCUUCUCAACAGCAAUGCAAUCGAGGUGAUGUUGCAGCCGACUCCAGCUCUCACCUGGGUGGCUCUUGGUGGAAUCCUGGACCUGUAUGUUUUCUUGGGUCCUGACCCUCAAAGUGUUGUUCGACAGUACAUCCAGGUUAUUGGCUAUCCCAUGAUGCCGCCAUACUGGUCACUGGGCUUCCAUUUGUGUCGUUGGGGCUACACUACCUCUAAUACAACCCGGCGUGUGGCACAACGGAUGCACGAUGGCAAAUUUUCAAUGGAUGUGCAGUGGAAUGACCUGGAUUAUGCAGCAAAGCGCAGGGUCUUCACUUUUGACCGCUGGCGGUUUCCAGACCUCCCGGUGAUGGUGGAGGACUUUCACAAGAGAGGCAUGAAGUACAUUCUCAUCCUGGACCCGGGCAUCAGCAGCACGAGCCCCCCGGGAACGUACCCGCCGUUUGAUGAAGGCGUGAAGCGUGACGUCUUUAUUAAAAAUGCUACAGGACACAUCCUCAUAGGGAAGGUUUGGCCGGGCCCAACAGCCUUCCCAGACUUCACCAAUCCCGAGACCAGGCAGUGGUGGGAGGACUGCAUCAGAGACUUUCACUCUAAAGUUCCUGUGGAUGGUUUGUGGAUUGAUAUGAAUGAACCUUCCAGCUUUGUACAGGGCUCAGUGGAAGGCUGUCCUGACACCGAUCUCGAGAACCCGCCCUACACUCCUAGGGUGGUUGGAGGCUACUUAAACUCAAAAACUCUUUGCAUGUCAGCUGUGCAGAAAAUUUCGACACAUUACAACCUGCACAACAUGUACGGACUGACAGAAGCUUAUGCCACGCACAGUGCUCUUUUAAAGAUUCAAGGGAAAAGGCCCUUCGUCCUGUCUCGCUCCUCUUUCCCCGGCAUUGGACGCUUCUCUGGUGUGUGGACAGGAGACGUCUGGAGUGACUGGGAGCAGCUUCGAUACUCCAUCCCUGCGGUGCUGCAGUUCAGCCUUUUCGGGGUGCCUCUUGUGGGGGCGGAUAUCUGUGGCUUUGAAGGCAACACCACUGAGGAGCUGUGCGUACGAUGGAUGCAGCUCGGGGCCUUUUACCCUUUUAUGAGGAACCACAAUGACAGGCAGAAUGCUCCUCAGGAGCCUUACGUGUUUGGAAAGAUGGCCCAGGCUGCCAUGCGGAGAGCGCUGAACCUUCGUUACUCUCUCCUCCCCUUUCUCUACACACUCUUUCACCAUGCACACACUUCAGCUGACACCGUGGCCAGGCCGCUCUUCGUGGAGUUUCCCACCGACCCAAACAGUAAGACCAUAGACUGCCAGUUCCUGUGGGGGAGCUCUCUUCUCAUUAGCCCAGUUUUAGAACAAGGGGCAAUAGAGCUGGCCGCUUACCUGCCCCCUGGCACCUGGUACAGCCUGCAGGAUGGUCAGCCUUUCUACAGUAAGGGUCAGUUCCUGCUGCUGCCCGCUCCUCUGGACACCAUCAAUGUCCAUGUGAGGGAGGGACACAUUAUCCCUCAGCAGGAGCCUGCUUUGACCACCACAGCCUCUCGCAGGAACCCUUUCUUCUUGACGGUGGCCCUCUCAGCAGGUGGCUGGGCCCGGGGCGAUUUGUUCUGGGAUGAUGGGGACAGUCUUGACACCUUUGAAAAUGAAAAUUAUUGUUACAUUAUCUUCAUUGCUGGACAGGGUCAGGUGGUGAGUGAUCCCAUCAGGCUGAAUGGGGCCCUGGACGGUCUGCUUCUGGGAGGACUGCGGGUAUUUGGGGUGCCCUCACCUCCUUUGUAUGUACUAGCUAACGGGGACAAAGUCAGGGAUUUUACCUACCGCAGUGACACCAAGGUCCUCACAGUGAGCAGCCUGGCCUUACCAAUGACAAGGGUUUUCACAGUCCAGUGGGCUCUCUGACUCAUUGAUCUUCAGUUUCCCAAACCUCCAGGAGCCUUUGUUGCUUCCACUACUAAAGAGGACAGCUACAUUUUUUUGUACUGACACCAGCCAGCUAUUCUCACUCUGCCUCUCGUGCCUUUUUAAAGGCUUGUGUCUUUUCAUAAAAGUGAGCAGAGGGAGCCAUCGCCUUGAUCACCUUCUUAGAUUGCAAACUGGAUCUAAAUUACAGUCAUGUUAUUUUUGCUUUCUCUUAAAAACGGUUUGAUUUAUUUUUUUGGAUAUUUAAUUAAUGAAGUCUAUAUAUUUUUAUAAAGUUGAUUGCCAACACA